AUGGAUUCUUCCAAGGCCCCCGUCAAGCUUGUCAAGGUCACCCGAGUUCUCGGCCGCACCGGUUCUCGUGGUGGCGUCACCCAGGUCCGCGUCGAGUUUAUGGACGACGAGACCCGUUCCAUCAUCCGAAACGUCAAGGGCCCGGUGCGCGAGAAUGACAUCCUGGUUCUCCUAGAAUCCGAACGCGAGGCUCGCCGCCUG